AGACGGAGGAUGUGAGUGAAGAAGCACCACUGCGGGACCGUUCCCACAUCGAGAAAACGCUGAUGCUGAAUGAGGACAAGCCAGCUGAUGACUACUCGGCGGUGCUGCAGCGGCUUCGGAAAAUCUACCAUUCAUCCAUCAAGCCCCUUGAACAGUCUUACAAGUACAAUGAGCUCCGGCAGCAUGAGAUCACAGAUGGGGAGAUUACAUCCAAGCCCAUGGUGCUCUUCAUCGGCCCGUGGAGUGUCGGAAAAUCAACUAUGAUAAACUACCUCCUUGGGCUGGAAGAUACUCGCUACCAGCUCUACACAGGUGCUGAGCCCACCACCUCCGAGUUCACAGUCCUGAUGCACGGGCCCAAGCUCAAGACUAUUGAGGGCAUUGUGAUGGCUGCUGACAGUGCACGGUCCUUUUCACCCCUUGAGAAGUUUGGUCAGAACUUUCUGGAGAAGCUGAUUGGUAUUGAGGUCCCCCACAAACUUCUGGAGCGGGUCACUUUUGUGGAUACACCAGGCAUCAUUGAGAACCGCAAGCAGCAAGAAAGAGGUUACCCCUUCAAUGAUGUGUGCCAGUGGUUCAUCGACAGAGCUGACCUCAUCUUUGUCGUCUUUGACCCGACCAAGCUGGAUGUGGGCCUGGAGCUGGAAAUGCUCUUCCGCCAGCUGAAGGGUCGAGAAUCCCAGAUAAGGAUCAUCCUGAACAAGGCAGACAACCUGGCCACACAGAUGCUUAUGCGGGUUUAUGGGGCUCUCUUCUGGAGCCUUGCCCCCCUCAUCAAUGUCACAGAGCCCCCGAGGGUCUACGUCAGCUCCUUCUGGCCACAAGAGUACAAGCCCGACACUCACAGGGAACUGUUUCUCAAAGAGGAGAUCUCCCUUCUGGAAGACCUGAAUCAGGUGAUUGAGAACAGGUUGGAGAACAAAAUUGCCUUCAUCCGCCAGCACGCCAUUCGUGUCCGCAUCCAUGCCCUCUUGGUUGACCGCUAUUUACAGACUUACAAGGACAAGAUGACCUUCUUCAGUGAUGGAGAACUGGUCUUUAAGGACAUCGUGGAAGAUCCUGAUAAGUUCUACAUCUUCAAGACCAUCCUGGCGAAGACCAAUGUCAGUAAAUUUGACCUUCCCAACCGCGAGGCCUAUAAGGACUUCUUUGGCAUUAAUCCUAUCUCCAGUUUUAAGCUGCUAUCCCAGCAGUGCUCCUACAUGGGAGGCUGCUUCCUGGAGAAGAUUGAACGGGCUAUCACCCAUGAGCUCCCUGGUCUCCUAGGCAGCCUUGGGCUAGGCAAAAAUCCAGGUGCUCUGAACUGUGACAAAACAGGGUGUGGCGAGACCCCAAAGAAUCGCUACAAGAAACACUAGAUUGCUGUGUAGCCAUUCUGGAGUUCCUCUUGGUGAAUGAGCUUGCAUCUAACUGUCUGAGAAGUCCUGGUGUAUUAACCCUUUGAGCCACACUGGUCAUAAUUCGGCAUUGGAGAUUUGGAAGUUCAUUGAGGCCAGUGAUAGGGGAGGAACAGGGGAGUCAGGGGAGGAGAGUGCAAACUGUGAAUUGGAGUGUGCUUGUCUUGUGGCUUCAAGUAGGAGGCCUGAUGGAAGCCAGCCAGGCCACAGCUGCUUCUCCAGGACCCUCUCUCAGAGGGAUGGAAAGGAGCUACUUUCAUGAAGGUCAAAUAAGCUAAAAGCAGCUG